AGACUUGUACAAGCUCGGCUUGUGCUUGUUUGUGGAGUCAGUGCUUCUGGGCCGCGAGGCCAACGCGCUGAUCACGCCUCACAUACUUAGAUAUGUGGAAGACCUCGAGUUCUUCUUCCGGAUUCCUUGGGGGAAGCACUCAUUCGCCAGACUCAUGCACUCGCUUCAGAAAGACAUGUUGAAACAGAAGGCCAACUACGAGAAGAAGCUGAGUUCGGAUGUUCAGCACGAGUGCAAAUACACAGCAUAUGGCUUCGCACAUGCAGUCCAAUAUUGGGCGUACGAGGCCAUUUUGGAGGUUGGCAAGAGGUAUGGCACGAACCACGGGAUUCGGUUCCCCAGGAUGCUUAGCUGGACGAGCAAAGGCGAUAUUGGGAAGAAAGACGUCAGCGCAUUAUUUUCUAGACGGAAUCUGGAAGUGGUGAAGGGGCUCCUUCCACGGACAGAGGAGGAGGCAUUUGUGAGGACAAUUUCUUACGAUGGUGUGGAGAACCUGGUUGAUGAUGUUGUGGAUGACACAGAGGCUGAGGCAGGUAGUCAGCCAUCGGGUUCGAACCUCAGCCCAGUGCACCAUCUGCAUCAGGCGUUCGGGGUGCCGAGCAUACGAGACCAGCCAUGUAGAGCUGAAGGGUGGUCAGAACGUAAUUAUGGAGCAGCUCAGACACAUAUUGGCCAUGUUGAAUCGUCCGCCAACGAUGCCUUCAAGACCGGAGGCCCCAGCAGAUCCAUCUACCCCACCACCACCGCUUCACCCCCAGAAGAGGAUGAGGUCUUCCCCGACGAUUACGAUCCUUAUGAGGGAGCUCCGCCGACUCCGAUCGAGGCACAACCUCUUAUCCAUGUACAUGACACCGAGUCGCAGGGUGAGAUUCUGUCCAUGCAGGCACAACCCGCAAGUGGUUAA